AUGAAGGACUGGUCGGCAACCGUUGUGGCCCUUGCCUCAACGGGAAUUGCCUACUCGCCUUCGCGCGGGUCGCGCGAUUCGAGCUUCGAGACGUGCCGCUGCUCGCCCGGGGAUGCCUGCUGGCCGGCCCCUUCGGCCUGGGCCUCGCUCAACAGCAACGUCGGUGGGCGUCUGGUUGCGACUGUGCCGAUUGGCAGCCCUAGCCACGAUCCUACCUAUAAUACCACUGCCUGCGCCGCUCUGUAG